AGGUGGCACUGACUGGCACUGAUGGGUGACACUGAAGGGCAGCUCAGAUGGGCACUGAUAUAUGGCAUUGAUGUGCACUGGUAGGCACUGAUUGGCACUGUUCAGCACUGACAGCUGGCACUGAUGGACACUGACAGGUGGCACUUCUGGGGCCACACUGAUCAUCAGGGCACACUGAUUAUCAGUGCCCUGAUGAUCAGUGUACAUGUCCCGCGGAAUGCCGAUUACUGGCUCUCCUCUCGAGCUGUCAGCAUGACAGCCCGAGAGGAG